CUGGUUUGUUUUCAAGAUGGCCGUCGAAGGCGAAAGCCUCGAGUCGCUUCUUAACAAAGCGACCAACCCUGCUAGCCGAGAUGAAGAUUGGGACCAUAUCAUGGCGUUCUGUGACCAGAUCAACAAGGAACUGGAGGGGCCACAGAUCUCUCUGCCCUUACUGGCUCACAAAAUACAGUCCCCACAGGAGCAAGAAGCACUGCUGGCAUUGACGACUGUUGAAGCCUGUGUAAAAAAUUGUGGCAAAUUGUUUCAUCAAGAACUGGGAAAGUUUCGAUUUUUAAAUGAAAUGAUUAAAGUUGUAUCACCAAAAUAUUUAGGUAACAGAACCACAAUGAAAGUGAAGAAAAGAUGUAUAGAGCUAAUAUACAGCUGGAGCAGGGGAUUGCCACAUGAAUCCAAGGUUUUAGAAGCUUACCAAAUGUUGAAACAGCAAGGUAUCGUCAAGGAAGAUCCAACAUAUCUGGAUAAGGCUGCUGAUGCUGUGGUCCCAUCAAAAGCCAGAACAGCAUCAUUUGAAGAUGAGGAGAAAUCUAAGUUAUUAUCCAAGUUAUUGAAGAGUAAAAAUCCUAACGAUCUUCAGGCUGCUAACAGACUGAUCAAGAAUAUGGUAAAACAAGAUGAAUCAAGAAUGGAGAAAGUUUCGAGGCGUAUUAACGAAUUGAAAACUAUCACCAUCAAUGUAAAAUUAUUAAAUGAAAUGGUGUCUCAUUUUAAACCUGAGGCAUCGUCACAGUCCGAUAGAGAUAUGAUGAAGGAGCUGUAUGAAUCUUUAGAGAAGCUACGCCCGAACCUUUUCAGACUAGCUAGUGAUGCUGAUGAGAAAGAUAAUGAUGGAAUCUCGGAGAUAUUGAGUUGUAAUGAUGAAGUAAUGAAGGCUAUGGGCGAGUAUAAGAAGACGGUGGAGGGUGUGUCAGAAGACAAUAGUGAAACAGCUAAAGCCAAUACAUCAGCCCUGCUUGAUCUUGCACUGGACCAGUCCAGUCCAUCCCAGCCGAUGACCAGUCAGUCCGAAGGCAAUGCAGACAUUUCCCUCAUAUUGGAUGGCCAGUUUCAGUCUCUAGGUUUACAAGAUCCUCAGCCGUCUGACAGAUCUGACUCAUUACUGGCAGAUCUUAACGACAUAUUUGGAGCAACAUCUCAAACAUCUAGUGUGACAUCUGGUAUGGCGUUACCCACCAGUAACAUGAGCCAGCCUGUAAAUCCGGGCCUCCAGAUGGGGGGCCCAGGGAUGAUGCUGACUAACCCCCAAGGCCCCGUCAUGGCACAACUACCGACACAGCCACAGGGACCGGCCGUGCUGCAGGCUAAUCAGGCCACGACCAGCAUGUUCUCCUCUCCCUCCCUGCUAUCUCAGCACCCCUCACAGAUGACAAGUCCCAUGACCAUGGGGGCAGGUCAAGGUACUUUACCAGCUGUAAAUGUGAACGCCUCAGCCCAGGUUUUGAACACUCUCGCCUCCAAAGGAAUGGCCGACCUGGACCUGCUCGGACAAGAUCUGAUGCAGCAGAGUCUACCUAAAGAGGCUAAAAUUAUACCACAAGAAGUUGUACCUCAACCAAAGUUGACAUUAAACCAAAUAGCAUCCAAAGGUACAACUGGGACAAACAAUACCGCGGCUAACUACAGCCAGUUCGGGUUAUCCAGCCAACCAGCCUCCGUCAACACCACGGCAACCAUUCCAACCUUUCCCCCAGUCCCCCAGGUGUCCCCUGCCAAAAUUACCUCCCAGGAAAUACUCUCUCUAGCCGAUAUAUUUGUACCUUUGGAGAAGAUACAGCCAAGUUCAUUGGCUCCUGUGAAUGCGUACGAUAAAAACGGCCUGAAGAUGGUGAUACACUGCGGGAAGGAUCGCCCGCGGGAUGAUGUAUCUGUGAUGGUGGUGUCUGUUAUCAGUACCAAUACAAACCCGGUGAAAAACUUCAGCUUCCAAGCAGCUGUACCAAAGGUGAUGAAAGUAAAACUGCAGCCACCCUCGGCCACUGACCUUCCAGCCUACAACCCUAUCCUGCCCCCGGCAGCCAUUACUCAAGUCAUGCUCUUUGCAAAUCCACACAAGGAAAAUAUUCGGUUAAAAUUCAAGAUAACGUAUGUGGCAGGCGUGGAGACACAUUCUGACGUAGGGGAGGUGGACACGUUUCCAAUCCAGUGAGAAUAAUGUAAGGCAAUGAAGACCACUACAGCCGUCUAGAUUGUAUGAUGUCAGUGUGGCCGCGACAAUAAAUUACUACACUAGAAGGCCAGGCUGGAAAGGAAACACUACAGGUGUCUAGAUUGUAUGAUGUCAGUGUGUCCGCGACAAUAAAUUACUACACUAGCAGGCCAGGCUGGAAAGGAAACACUACAGUUGUCUCGAUUGUAUGAUGUCAGUGUGGCCGCGACAAUAAAUUACUACACUAGUAGGCCAGGCUGGAAAGGACACACUGCAGUCUGAACACAACAACUAAUUAACAAUCUAGAAAAGAUGCAAACCGAACUGAACUUGUCAUCCGUUUCGCUUUAAUACGUAUAGUGUAUGGCUGAUUCAACUACAUCCCAAUUGGUUACUGUAUGCACUUGCUAUAAUUGGUCGAACAGACAAGAAUUUGACGAUAAAGCAAUGCGGCCCGUGGCCUGUUCAGCCCAUCAGGAAACUGAAGUGGACAAUGUACUGAUUGAAUGUGAAUGGAUAAAAUAAAUAUUAACGCAACUGUAAGUUGUGAAUCUGACCAGUCAAAUUGAACAGAAUUACAUUUGAUUGGUCAGUGAAUCUGACCGGUCAAAUUGAACAGAAUUACAUUUGAUUGGUCACAGACCAAAGUACGGCUUGGAAUAUAUAUGUACAUUAUGAAAAAUGAGUCGUUUGGGGAGAGAGGGGGGGGGGGUAUGGAAGGGUGAAACCAGUGCUUGCUCAGAUCAAACAAACCACCCCGCUGAAUGUGGUAUUAGACAGUACUGUUUGCAUGUGCUGUUCUGUGUAAAUAAAAAGUGCUAGUUUAUCGGUGAAAUCCCAAUAGUUUGUUUAUGGUAAUACACCAUUACAUGAUAAAUCUUCGCUAGUUUUUAACAAUUGAAUGAAUUCUUCUGUACCGCUCAAGACUACAGAAACUGGCAUAUUUUUUCCCACAAUUUAUUUCCACCUCCUUUUCAUCCUUCAACAAGACGGUAAAUUUUAAAUAGUUAGCAGUUCUAGAUAUUAAGCAUACAUGAACAAUUCCAAAAUUGGGCAAAUAUGUUUAAAAAAAAACUGAAGGUGAAAACAUGGCUUGGUGAAAGUAUCACAACUUGUUGUGGAAGUUUUUUUUAACAUAAUCACAAUACAAAUGUGGAUUUUGUUUUUUGGUUUUGGUCCAGAGGUAGAUUUUUUUAAUGAUAGUCUACAAGCUUGUUUCUUUGUGAAAAGCCCCAUUUUCUCAUUUACAAAAUGUAGUUUAUAAACAUAAUACUGCUUUAGAAGGAUGGCUUUUCUUUAAUUUCCUGUUGUGCCUAGAUUAAAUUUCUUAACCUAUAGAAGGAAAGCAAAAUACUUUGUUGAAAUUCUUGUCCAUCCGUGAGAUUGCUGGUAAUGAUAACAGCAUGUAUUCGAGAGAAUUUUUCUGUCCUAAUCUGUUGGCGAAUAUUUUGCCUUUAUUUGAGAACAAGCUGAAGACCUCAGCAGUUCUUUACAUCAUACAGAGUAUAAGGAAAUAUUUUAUGAAAAUAUUUUCCAUUUAGUUAUUUCUGGAGAAAAACUGGAUCAUAUAAUGGCAGGUAGUUUUGAUUUGAAAAUAACUGGCAUUAAACUGAAAAUAGAUGGAAAAGGACAACUAAAGUUAAAACUAAACUAUCCAACUUAAAAAAAAGUUGAAAAUAAAUGUCUGAGGUAAAAAGCUGUCACGACCACCAAAGUGUCACUCUUCGUACUGCAGUGAUGGUUUAACCAAGAAGACAUCCCUGCCUCCUGGUCUUUGUAACUCCAUAUGUAAUAUACUGCAGGGUUUUUCUUUCCGAAGUUUCUGAUUUCGGAGUGAUACUUGCUAUUAAGUAGUGUAAAAUAGUUGUGAUUUUCAAACUACAUUUCAAACCUUGCUAUAAACGUCCACCAAUAGUAAUAGCUAUAGAUCUAGAGAUUGUCUGUAUAGCCAGGCUGAUUCUAGUCCGAAGAGUUAGGUUUGUGUUUAUAACCUUUUCAGCUUGAAUGAAUCUGUCACGGCCAGGGAUAACACAAUUUUUGAAAAUUAUAAAUAUUUCAGAUGGUCCUUUCCAGUUUGCCAUGGAUUGGAUCUUUGGAUUGGAAAUAUUUAAUGGUUUUGAACUUAUCAUCAGUUCUAAAAAUAUUUCCAUAAGAUUUUUUCAUCCCAUUUUCAUAUUAAUUCGGUUUAUUUUGGGUAUUUGUAGAUAAAUGAUAUGCUACACCUAGACUUGAGGAAAUGUAUUGAACAAAACCACAGACUAGGGGCCUGUUCUUUUAUGCUGACCAACCGAUUUGUCUGUUUUUAAAUGUAACAUUUUCUGGUAUUAAUCCGGGCAGACAUGCAUAUGUUUAUGCAAGACUUUGUCAUGGCUCGAAUGAAAGCAGCAUCAGAUUCUAGGUCCGACCUUAUUUCAUAAACGAAUAACUUGUGUCCAACUGGACCAGACGUUUGGAUCGCGAUAAACGAAAGCGGCCCAGGUGCCUCAUUAUAAUGGUCAUAAAUUAGUACGCAGUCGAGCUUUGGUUAUCCAGUCACCUACAGCUUGACUUCAGGAUAUUCUCUUGCUUUUUUCCAAAUUACCUCUGUACAGUAAAUCCCUUCGUUUAACAAAUGCUUUUCAUUGCAAUUGAGAUGGUGCUAUUUCAAUAUUAAUAGUUCUAUAUCUACUGUAUUAAUAUUAGUGAGAUGUUUAAUUGGCAAAUGCAUCUCCAGGCAAACAAACACGAAAAUAAAUCUCUUGCGAAAAUACAGUAAUUAACAGCUAUCUGUCGUCUAGUUAGCUGGGAACAAAAGUGGCUGCAAUAAUAUAGGUCUAUUGUGUAUACCAGUGUUUUACAACCAUCAUAUGUUGAUGUGUCUGGGCCCCUGUGAUUAAAACUAAUAUAAACGGUAGUAGUUGGCCAAGUGGUAAGAAAUGUUGUUUUACGCCGCCGACAGAAGUUGUACAUAUAUUUAUGAGAACAAAUAGGGAGUUGGUUGAUGAUGUUUAAUCUCAGAUGUAUUAUAAUGCUGUAUUAUCUGUUAUUUAAAAGUCAUUGGGGACAGAGUGAAGUUAGAGAAACGUCGAUCUAUCAUCAUUAUAAGUCACAAGCCGUUGGAGGGAUCAUUAUGAAAACAGGCCUUGUGUAAACAUAGAGGGAAUUGAAGAAUGGAUGUGGAUCGAAAGUAGUGAGAUUUUGUUUUCAAGUGCAAUAUGUGUAAAAAUGAUUAGCAGUUAACCUUAUUUAUUUUAUAACUAUUUCAUAUGGGAGGAAACCCAAGUACAUGAACUUGGUGAAAACUGGCAUGGUCAGACAGUGACCCAAUACCGAGGUCGUUGCCCCAUACUGAGAUCAUCUUGGUGAAAAGAAAGUACUCCAAACACUGUGUCACCUGACCACCCAAAAAAUCAAUUUGUAGCAACAGGAAUGUAGUAUAUUGAUCUAGUAUUAGUGUGAGGGUUUUCCAUCUUUUUAUUGAACACAUUAGAAUAUAUGCUUUUGAUAAUCAUUUAGAUAUCGCCAUUAUUGAAUUAAAAAGUUCUACAUUAAGUUGUAAGUUUUUUGUUAUACAAGCAGGUGAAUUACAUGUGGGGAAAGUUUCAUUGAUCGCAUUUUCUGCGAAAACCAAACCAAGUAUUUCAAUCAUUAUAAAAAUAAAAUAUACGAAGAGCAAAAAUUAUAGUUACCUAUCUUUAGCAGUGUAUUAUGUAAUGGAAGAAUGAUUCUCAUAAAAUUUGUGAUAGACUGCAGUGAUACAAAACAGGAAAAAAACCUUAUAAUCAGAACUGUGUUUUGGUGAGAAAGUGAUGUAUUUGAAUGUGAAGUUAUGUAUGUUAUUAUUGAUAUAAGAAACAUCUGUUUCACAAUAAAUGUGUACAUUUAAUCUU